AUGUCCGAUAGUAAACUCAAGGUGGUCGUGUGUCGCGACCUAGGACCGGAUGUCAUGCCGCUGCUACUCAACAAUCCACGGCUAGAUGUGGUUGUGUGGCCACACAAUAGUGCUUGUGAGCGUAAAUGGCUACUCGAGAACGCGCGAGGUGCCUCUGGAAUCCUGGUUAUGUUAUCGGAGAAGGAACUUCUCAAUGCAGCUGGCCCGAAGCUGCGCGUCGUAUCGACCAUGUCUGUCGGCUACGAACACGCAGACCUCAAGGCCCUGCUGACCCGGGGAGUUCGCUUUGGGUACACCCCGGACGUCCUGACAGACGCCGUCGCGGACCUCUCCGUCAUGCUCGCCCUCAUGGCAGGGAGGAACACCAAGGAGACCACAGAGGCUUGGCCCAACUUCGUCUGGUCGCCCUUCGCCUUCUGCGGCCCCCAGCUCUCCUCGACCCCGACGUCGCCCAAGCGCACCGCAGGCUUCAUCGGCUUCGGGCGCAUCGCUCAAGCGACCUUCGCCCGUCUCGUCCCCUUCGGCUUCCAGCACUGCCUCUACACCGGGAACGCCAAGACCGCGCCCGACCCGGCCGCGGACGCAGCCCUCGCGGCCAAGUACGGCGUGAAGGAGGUAGGGCGCGUCGAGCUCGACGAGCUCGCGCGCGAGAGCGACGCGGUGUUCGUCCUUGCCCCGGGCGGACCUGCGACGUACCACAUCGUGGACGAGCAGUUCCUCAGGCAGAUGAAGAAGACCGCGGUGCUCGUGAACACGUCGCGAGGGACUCUCGUGGAUUCGGACGCGCUUGCAAAGGCACUCCAUGAGGGUUGGCUCUACGGCGCUGGGAUCGAUGUGGUUGAAGGCGAGCCUCAGGUCGGUCUUGACCACCCGCUCAUCAAGGCUCCUAGGUGCGUCGUAUUGCCUCAUAUUGGCAGUGCGACCAACGAAACGCGUUUGGGGAUGGCGACUCUGACCGUGAAUAAUCUCCUCGGUGGUGUCUUUGGAGAAGAGAUGCCUGCAGAGCUUGGCACUUCGCGUUGA